CAAGAAGCAUAUUACAACAAAGCUGCAAAAGAGUGGUAUAAAAUAAAAUCAAAGCAAUCAAAAAUACAAAUGUCAAUAAGCAUAACACAAAAAAAGAAGAAUAUAAUUUUGAAUCUGGUUGAGGCAUUU